AUGGAGUCUGGAAGGCCUCGAUCCAGUCAGACGACAGUUUCGGUCAAUUUUGACGACACCGACUCUCUCUCGCAUCCACAGCUCAAAUUUGGUGUUGCCGAGUGCAUCGAGACUAAGACGGUCACUACGACUACUACUACUAAGAGAUCAUAUCCGCCUCUUCUUGUUAGAGAGUCGAAGCCGCUCUCCUCCCUCGACUCCAAAGAAUAUCCUCUAGCUCAGAAACCAACCCCUCCUGAGUUAGCUAACUUCAGCUUCAACGUUGCUCACUAUGGCGGCAUAUCUUGGCCUGUUGAUGAUGUCGAUGUUGAAUAUCAGCAAGACUCCCAACAGUCUGCUAGUGAUGGAUCCGUCGAGGAUAUCAAGGCGGAGCCGGAAUUAGAUGCUACUCACCACCAAAUUAGUCGCCGCUCAUCGAAACCUUAUCUACCUACAUCGUCUCGCAGAGCCCAUAGGGUGAACUCUCGAGCCGCCUCCCCCGUUGUCGGCGGAUCUGUCCGGAAAAGUUCGCAAAAGCAGUCAACACGAUCAUUCGUACCAAGCCUCCCUAACGCCGUGUCAGAUAAGCUGCGCCGCUCGCUAACUAAUGCCUCCCGUAAGGAUGCUAUCAAGAACAACACAACAAGAUUAACUAGUAGUUUCCCUGUUACUCCCGACACAUCUGAGCCGACUCCGGUCAACGCGAACCGAUCCCUCAAACUUCGAAGUACACAUCUCGAUUCUUUCGAAACCCCAGAAUCCAAUAAUGCCAGUCAAUCCCAGUCCUUUUUUGAUGUCUCGAGCCCUUCGGGCAGCGACUCGCACACUGUAUUUAGCAGCAACGUGGCCACGCCACCGAUUACCGAUGCGGAUGCGGAGGCUGAACCAUUUGGUGAUGUGGACGCGGAUGAAUCUCUCCAGCAAUCUAUUCGUGCCUUGCACCACCCAAGACCCAUCAAUACACUCGCUGCUCAAGAUGCAAGCUUGCCCAGCCCGCGCCUAUCUCCAACCCUUCAGGCUUCCAAAUUCCGUGGGCUCGAUCAAGACGACGGAGACAACGCGGCGGACGAGGACGUGUCCGUUCUUUUCCAAGAGGAAAGUCAGAAUUCGAUGGAUUAUGAGUCCGGCCCGUCUUCAACCAUGGAACCCUCGUCUCUGGUCGUCAGACGAUUUAAAGAUCCUUCGCAAUACCAGCCUACAAUCAUGGACACCCGCUCGAUGUUGGAAACUUUCGACUCUAUGCCUGCCGAGAUGAAGUCAUUCAUGAUGUAUCAGUUUCUCCGCAGAUGUUCCAGAAAAACCCUCCACAUCGUUGCUGAUGUGGUCAACCCAGCCCUUAAAUGUGACGUCUUGAAGGACCUGCCCAUUGAGCUGACCUUACACAUCCUUUCUUACCUAGACCAUCGUGACCUUUGCCGCGCGGCUCAGGUCUCGAAACACUGGCGAGGAAUUAUUGAUAGUAAUGAGACAGGUUGGAAAGAGCUCUUCGACGACGACGGCUUUACCCUAGCCCCCGGAGAGCUCGAUAGAGCUAUUAGAGAAGGUUGGGGUUGGCAAGACCCGGUGGGACCUGAAGGUUGCGAGCGUGACUAUAGCACCCAGGCUAGACUUACUUCCUCCGAGACCGAACUGAUACGUUCCUCGAAGCCCGAUCCCCCACAGAAACUACGGACAUCCAAGCGUAAGCGGGCUCUGAACAGCAUCACUAGCUCUGAGCGGUCGAAACGGCGAGCGAGCGCGCAAGAGAUGACAAAGGAUGAGAAAACAUAUACGGGAGAACGGGUGCACAAGUCCGAAGGUCCUAUGUCUGCUGCAAACGCCGCAGCCAUGGCGGUUCCUGACCCGCAUACCGGCCUUCCGAGCCUUAGGAAGCUUCACUUAUUCAAGUCGCUCUAUCGUCGCCACUACAUGAUCCGCAAGAGUUGGACGAGUGGCAAAGUCAAGCCUAGCCAUGUCGCUUUCGCGGCUCACCCCCGGCACGUAAUUACCUGUUUACAGUUUGACGAGGACAAGAUUAUUACCGGAAGCGACGACAUGCUUAUCCAUGUUUACGACACUAAGACUGGUAAACUCCGUCGUCGCUUAGAAGGCCAUGAAGGUGGGGUAUGGGCACUUCAGUACGAAGGCAACGUCCUGGUAUCUGGUUCAACGGACCGCUCCGUCCGUGUGUGGGAUAUCGAGAAAGGCCUCUGCACCCAGGUCUUCUACGGUCAUACUAGUACUGUCCGAUGCCUACAAAUCCUAAUGCCGACAGAUACCGGCAGGGUAGAGAACGGGCAGGCGGUCAUGAUGCCGCCGAAACCUCUAAUCAUUACCGGAUCCCGUGAUAGUCAGUUACGAGUUUGGCGUCUUCCCGAGUCCGGCUCUAGGAGAUAUAUCCAGACCGGACCUCCAGCCAAUGACGCCGAUUGUCCUUACUUCAUCCGCACACUACAAGGUCAUACCCACUCAGUUCGGGCGAUCGCCGCCCAUGCCGAUACACUCGUCAGUGGGAGCUACGAUAAUACCGUCCGCGUAUGGCGUAUUAGCACAGGGGAAACGGUUCAUGUGUUACAAGGACAUUCGCAAAAGGUAUACAGUGUGGUGUUAGAUGUAGCCCGUAACAGGUGUAUAUCGGGUAGUAUGGAUAGCUUCGUGAAGAUUUGGGACCUGGAAACCGGGUCGUGCUUGCACACGCUCGAAGGGCACUCGUUGCUUGUUGGGUUGCUUGAUCUUCGUGACGAGCGACUGGUCUCGGCGGCGGCGGACAGCACCCUUCGUAUCUGGGACCCGGAGAGCGGGCGAUGCCAGUCGACAUUGACGGCCCAUACUGGCGCGAUUACUUGUUUCCAACAUGACGGGCGCAAAGUUAUUAGUGGCAGCGACCGGACCCUCAAGAUGUGGGAUAUCCGCUCAGGCGAAUGCAUCCAAGACCUUCUCACAGACCUUAGUGGAGUCUGGCAGGUCAGGUUUGAUGAACGCCGAUGCGUAGCGGCUGUCCAGCGGGAUAACUUGACGUAUGUCGAGAUUCUCGACUUCGGCGCCGUUCGUGAUGGCAAACCUGCUGAAGAACUCGGAAAGCGUAUCCUGCUAAAUGCGCCCGAAGUGCAAAGAAUCAUGGAAGAAGACAACUAA